AGUGAGUGGUGGGCAUGUAUGGGGUUUGAUGGUAAGAGCUAAAAUUAUCGCGCAUCCAUUAAGUGAAUCCCAAAACCAAAAUCAAAAUCAUGGGGUAUCCAGCCCCUGUGAAGUACAAGAACUCAGCGACAAUGCCUUACCGAAAGAUCAAAGUGAAGGACCGUUUCAGUCACAUCCUAUACCUGCCCGGUGGACAGCGGAUUAUCAUCUCUUCACGGGAUGGGUCAUUUCUAGUCUGGGACUUGGAGAGGGGCACGCAGUUUGGGGAGGAAUGGGAGGACAAAGAAAGAAGUGUGGAGACCAUAGUAUUAUCGCCGGACGGCAAGACCGUAGCAACCGGGAGUGAGGAUGGUGCAGUGAAAUUAUGGAACGUCGACACAGGCAAGGUUAUCAAAACAUUGACGGGGAACACAAGUUGGGUGAAGUCUGUGUGGGUCAUACAUGGAGAGUGUGGGAUGUUGAGAGUGGAAAAAAUAUCCUUGGACCAAUCAAGGCAGGCCCGGGCUGCUUCUGGUGGGGAUCGUUACAUUGCCGAUGCGGGAGUGAUCAAGCUUCAAGCGCCCCUCAGGUGUGUUCCUCAGGGUUCUCCAAAGGACAUAAGCUCUACGAGGGCCGGCCUUGUGCUGAAGUGGGUAAAUAUGGAAGACCUCUGUGUCUACUCGCGUCAGCACAAGCCCGGUCCUCUCAGGCUUCAUUAUCCUCGCUCCGCAUCUUCGAAUUUUUCCCUAGAUGCGGAGCGAGGCAUUUAUGUCCUCGUGUGUCAGUAUAAGCUCGCCCUGACUGGUCGCAGGUUUGCAUCCCAGAAUGCACAACCACUGGCUUAUCGUGUUCCGCAGGACAUAAGUUCUACGAGGGCCGGCCUUGUGCUAAAGUGGGUAAAUCUGGAAGACCUCUGUGUAUACUCGCUUCGGCACAAGCCCGGUCCUGUCAAACUUCGUUAUCCUCGAUCCGCAUCUUCGAGUAUUGCCCCAGAUGCGGAGCGAGGAUAG